AUGCAAGAACAGGUUUUUUCCGAUGAAGAACGAGAGCAGAGAAGGCUUGAACUAAUGGACCGCUUCAGCAACAAGGUGUAUUUACCUAAACCAACGAAUUUUGAUUCAAUGAAUCCAUGGAUGCAGCAUGUAUUUUUGGCCGGAGUAUCUUCUUCAGACGACCUUAACAAAUACAGGUCUUGGAGGAAAAAGCCUUGCCCUCGUCCGUUGGACGAAAAUGAGCCGUUGGAAAAAAGAGUGAACCAGACGAUGAACGUGAUUGAGAAACUUGUUUCAAUUGUCCAAAGUGAAAAGUUGAUGAAACAAGCUGAAUCAGACAAAAUGAGGGCUUUUUUGAUAAAUGAGGCGGAUAAUAACAUGAACAAGAAGAAAAACGGAAUGAAACAUCCAAAGAAAAGUAAGAACAAAAAGCGUGGAAAAGUACGUUCAACCACAAAUCCGGUCCAAACAUCAACAACAAACCCUGAUGCUUCUCAAAAAGCAAGUGUAAAUAACACUCCCUCAAGCUGUCCUUUAACAAGCAAAGACGUUCAAGAAGGCAAACCAUAUUCAAGCCUUGAUGGAAAAACAUUUUUGGUAGAGCAAAGCAACGAAAGCGAAGAAGGAGAGGAAGACAAUCAAGCAAUUGAUUACCAGGACAUUUCAAAUCAAAAUGAAGCGGAAGAACCUCCUCUUUUUACCAAUGCUGUAGUUGGUUCAGAAUAUCAUGAUUUAAAGUCUCUGAUGUUGUUGAAAUUUGAUGAAUUAGAGAACAAGAUUAUCACAUUAGGGAACAAGAUUGAUAAUGUUCACAACACGUUAGAGAAAAAGAUUGAUAAUGUUCAAAAUACAUUGGAGAAAAAGAUUGAUAAUGUUCAAAACACGUUAGAGAAAAGGAUGGACAUCAUUCAAAACAAAGUUGAUCGUCUUGUAGGAGCCAAUUAUGAAAACUAUAUUAGACUCAACAUCAUUCGCAAAUUUGACAUUCCAUUCCAAAAAUUCUUCAGUCCUUUAAAAUUGUCGAAAAUAGACUAUGGUUUGGAGUUUCAUAAUGCACAGGUUGAACUAGAGAAGAGAAACUGGAACGACAAAGUAACUCUUUUCACUGAUCUGCUCUCAAGUGAUCCACCAUCUGUUCAAUUUAAUUUUGUUGCAGAGAAAGAAGAUGAAAAUAUAAUCAUUGAGGCAACCGUGCAAAAUAUCACUAAAGAGGAAGUGUGGAAGAAAAAGUUUCUCCAAUUGGAACGUCAACUCACUUUCUAUCAGCAUUGCAAGAAAACAUCUGUACACAGAGCAGUUUUAAUUUCUCCAUGGGAUUGGACAGAGGAAGAUUUUGCAAAGUGUGUUAACAAAUUGAAAACCAUGAUUCCAUUAUUAGCAGCACUGUAUAGUCAGAACAAAUUUUGCUAUGAUCAAAUGAAUGACUAUCAUGACAUUUAG